AUGGAAAUUCCUGGGUUUGGAUUUUUACACAGAUGGCGAAGAGAAAGAGGAGAGAAAUUCGGAAAAUGUAAGUACCCCUUCCUGGACGCCCUGAAAAAAGGGAAUGCAUCUUUGUGGAGGAGGGGAAGGUCUGGGCUGAUCACGCAGUGUGAGGAAAAAUCAAACGAAUUGCCCAAAGAAGGAGAAAAAAGCACCUUAUUAGAUAACGAUGGAGAUGGGAAAAAAAACAAAAUGAAUGAAGAUGAUACAAAUGCGUUGAAGGAGCAAGCGAACUCUCCCAUGCCGAAUUCAUUCGACGCUCCAGAGGCUUUACUCUUUGAAAACCUAAACAAGGAAUACAAGUUUAUAACUACACAAGACAACUUUGAUGGGUUCAGAUUCGAAGUCGAUAAAAGCGUGAACAAAUAUUUACAGUCGACACAUACACUUUUCCUUGGCACAACGUUAAGGGAUGUCGGAUACUUGUAUCAAUUCGGAGCAAACUUCACCAACAGUGAUAACAGCUUGCUAAUGAUCAGCAGGGUAAACAUUGAUGGCAGCGUGAAUGGUAGGUUCUGCAAAAAAAUAAAAAACGACAUCGACUGCAAGCUCAACUUUAACACAUAUGCGAAGAGUGACACGAGAAACAUGUACGAAAUGGCUAUAGAAGUUAAUAAGCCUAUAUACACAUACAACGUAAAAACCAUAUGGCAGGGCACUUGGAUCUUUAACGCAUCCUACACACAGAUGUUAAGUAGAAAGUUUCAGGCCGGGGUGGACUUAACCUACAUCGCAUCCAACUGUGCUUCCAUUGGAUCCUUUGGACUUCGAUAUCAGCACAAAAAUAAUGUCCUGUCAAUGCAAGUCGUAAGACAGCCAAAUUUUAAAUCCCCUGAAUUUAUGCUUAAUCAGACACACUUAUAUAAAAUCCAGUACGCUAAGAAAAUCUCCGAUAGGUUAUCCUUGGGGACAGAACUUGAAGUAACUCCGCAGACGAAGGAAUCUGCCAUGCGUCUAGGUUGGGAUUACUCCUUUCGUCAUGCCAAGGUCCAGGGGAGCAUCGACACCAGUGGGAAGAUUGCCGUGUUCACACAAGAUUACUCAGGCUUUGGGGUCAGUGGGUAUAUAGACUACCCGAAUAAUGAGUACAAGUUUGGCUUCAUGAUGCACAUAGCCCCCGCGCAAGAGCAGCCCGUGCAGGCGUGA